CGUAGCUUUACUUUAGAAGUAGCCUCUCCAACAGAAAAAAGUUAGGCUAGGGGAGUAAAGUGUUAAUUUAAUGUUUGUGUUAUAUUGGGUCCACUCGGUUAGACCACAGAGACUUAACUCGAGGACUUGGUGUUGGGUUCUUCUGCUCUUUUGUCAGUGUAAAUAGAAAUAAACUUCCAGCUCAAAUCUGGGAGACUGAGAGCCGAUGGAGCGCAGUUUGUAUGGAUGCAGAUGAGGCACGAUGCUAGCUAGCUAACUAGCUAACGUUACUGAGGAAAUGGUGAGCGUCAACAUUAUCCACUGAAAAAUAACAACAGGAAGUCGAUCCACUGACAUGGAGGGCAACGGAGAGAUCAGUGACACAGACAGCGGCAUCAUCCUUCAUUCAGGCUCUGACAGCCCAAUGACGCAUACGAAGGAUGUGACCACGCACACGCGGGCCAUGAAGCUCAAACACCAGGAUCUCCAAAACCGAUUAGAGAAAUGCCUGCGGGACCUGAAGGAUCUCUGCAUCCGAGAAGCUGAGUUGACAGGCCGGCUGUCAGAUGAUUACCCUCUGCUGCCAGGAGAGAAGCCUCCGCAGAUUCGCAGACGUAUUGGAGCUGCGUUUAAACUGGACGAUCAAAGCAUCCCACAAGGAGCAGAGGAGUCAGAACUGAGUUUAGUGGAUGGUGAGCUGUCGCUUCAAAUGAAGAUAUACGAGGCAGCGCGCAAGCUCUGCGAUGAAGAUCACCUGAGUAAGGCUGUUAGAAAGAGCCGAAUACAGCAGUGCAAGAGAGAGGAGAAAAAACUGAAACGGCUUCAAGAGUCGGCCUUUCAGCUGCGACUGGAGCACGGCCGAUCAUCGCCACUCCCUGCUUUUAAUAUUGCACAACAUGAUCUGGGCACAUCUGAUGACAGCUCUCUGUCUGAUUCUGUAGUGCAAGAUGAAGAAGUGACAAGUCAAUCAUCCCAGUUAUCCUCAGGACCCCCUUGUCCAGGAGAGACAGAUCCUCCUCCGCCUCCCCCUGUGUCCACACAGUCCUUCAUAAACGGCUCCUACAUGUCUCCAAUAGAGGCUCCCCAGACCCUGCCACUGACCCCAUGCCAGUCUCCCCACCCGAGCCUUGAUUCUAAACUGAGUUUCAGCUCAAGCCCCGUGUGUGACCUUCCCCCCAUCCAGCACUCCCCGUGGACAGAGUCAAGUCUCGACCAGCCCUACGAGAAGAGCAAGAAGUCGCGCUCCUCCAGCAAGACGAGCAGUCCAGCCAAAAGUGAAGUGUUGCCACCAUUUGAGGCUUGCUUUGCUUCCCAUCUGAAGCUGAGCCGCUCCCAAUCGAACAGCACGCCUUCCACACCAGAGAUGCGUGUGCACAGACAACUCUCCCUCAGGAUAUCCAACCCUGAGAUGUCAAAAGACCGUGGUCGCCCCAGAGGUGCAAGGAGGCGGCUGACAGAAUACGCAAUAACUUUACCAGAGACUCCUCCCCCUGCGUUGAACUAUGGAAACCAUGUUAACUCUGAGGACAGCAACUCUGAACACUCAUCUGCAUCUUACAACAGCUCACCUUCUCAGGAGCUGCCAUGCGAUUUGCCCAAACAGUAUCAGUCUGCAUUCCAGCACUCUAGCCCAGUUGGCAGCUAUGGACCUCAAGCCCUCCCACACACUGGCUUUUACCAUAAUCCCAGGCACCAGUCCAGCCCCAAUUUCCACAAAGCCUAUCACAAUAAAGAAGUGGUCUACCAACCUGAACUGGACUUGGCACAGAGCCAUUACACCCAGCAGGCUCCUUAUCCUCCCAACAGAUAUGAGUAUUACUAUAAAGAUGCAGCUGUGCCCCACCAGAGAGCACAGAGGCCUUUACCUCCUGACACCAGACACAUCUCCCCGCCGGCUCAAUGGGACCAUCCACACUACCGCUCCGGCGGUCUCCCGCAGCAUGUAGUGAGUGAGCAGCUCAAGUCAUGGCACCGGCGCAGUCAGCUCAAAGCUCCCAGGUCCCGCUCUCUCGACAGACAGGGAGCAGUCAGAGUUAAAAACAUGUCGUUUCGGGAGGGGACCUGCCUCCAAAACCAGAAGUACCAUGAACAGGUUAUCCAAAGAAGGGCUCUUCAAAGAGCUGCAGAUGACACCCAAGGGCACUGGGUUGUAGAUGAUGGCACUCACUAUGUAAGUCAAGUUUAAACCGAGGCCGUGAACUUCGACACUGCAACUGUAUUCAUUCCCAGUUAACCAAAGUGAAGAGGUCAGGAAAUCAAGUCAAAUGAACUGUUUAUGUCCAUUUUAAAAAUACAUGUUUUUUCAUGGUUUCUGUUGAUCCAUCUGCCUGUAUUUGGACAUAUAGAGGGACAAUGAAAAGCUGGAACAUCUUACAUGAUAAUGCGAUCAAGUGCAACACUACAAAACUACAGCCAAAGUUUCUGUCAAGUUAUAUCCAACACUUCUUUGGCACAGUCACAGUAAAGGUGGUUUCAGACCAGUUGUAUUAGAUUUGAAGCACAACUGUAAAGGGUACCUGUUGUUUUUUGUCCACUCUCUGUAUGUUGUUCGGUACUAACAGUUACACAUUAAGCAUUUAAUUGAAGGCUUGUCACUGUUUUAAUCUGUUAACGUUGUUUGCAAAAAAGGUGUCCAAGGCACUGUAAAUCUGCUGCCAGCUCAGAUCUGGUUGUUAAGAUUCUCAAAAAAAAAUCCUCAUCAGCACAGAGUUUCUGUGUCAUUGGAAUUAUUUUGAUAUAUGAAGCAAUUAAAAAUGAAAUGAUAAUUGACGGCAAAGUGGUGGGAGAUUGCAGGGUUUGCAAUUGCAAUCUCAGAUGAAUUAUGAUUUAUUGCAAAACAGUCAGAUGUAAAGCCAUCAAGUAACCUGCUUAAGGUACUUAAUCACACAACAUAAAAUACUGCAUUAGCUGUGUCUAUCUGUAGCCAAAACCACUGCCAAUAAUGCAGCUUUGUGAGGAUGUGUUCAAAACAGAAAUGUUUACUUUUUGCAGUUUGGUUGAUGGAUAAUAAAUGUGCUCCUUUUCACUUAGCUGUAUGAAGGAAAGGAAUUAAUUGUAAAAUAAUGUAAAUGAGUAACACCUACUUUUUAACUCCACUUUGUGUAUAAUGUUACCUUGAUGUGUGUGUCACCAUGUUAAUGAACUCAAGCUGCUUAAAUUUAAGAUGUUUCCUCUCAUUUAUUUUUGGAGGCAAAUUUGUCUUGUUUUAAUACGUACAUGUGUCGGUGGCUCUGCCAGUUAACUUGAAUUACUAAUGGACUUACUCAGCUAGUUGAAACUAGAUAUUAACUUCCUCACGAGUUAUACAGUAGCAAAUUUAACAAAAGCAGAGUCGUGAUGCUUGGCAGCUAUUAAAGUGUUAAGUUGAAAUUAAAAAUAUACUGAGCUUUAAAAGAAACACACACUAACACUUGUGUUAGGACCAAUACAAUUUCUGCUAUGAGGUGAACUGUAUUUGAAACACUGCCAAUAUGUGAUUCACAAUCUCCCAAUCAAGCUUUUGAUGGUCGAACGUGUGAGAAAGAGAACAAAUUAUUGCAAAUCCACUACACACUGACUGGUCUCUCACAGUGAUCUAUUUAUGUGUUUAUUUAUUGUGAUGUGCACCAUUGAACCCAUGGAAAGUCAGACAUGGACCUGAGUUUGCAAAACCCAGCAGCAGUAAAGACUGCAUCUAGCUGUACAUAAAAAACAGACCACAAUCAUGUUACCUUGUGUGCCUCUUUUUUACUGUCUUUUUUAUUUAUCAGUCAAAGUAGUUUAAGUGGACCUAAUAAUGAUGUGUGAUGUUGCUGUUGAUAAAUCUGUGAAAGUGUUUUCCCUGUGGAAGAAAAUAAAGAGUUAUGUUUGCAUAGUG